CGGGAGGACGGCGUCUCCAGGAGCCCCACUGACUGGCCGGCAAGGACUGCCAACACGAGUGACCGAGGGCCUGUAUAGUCUCCUUUACCCAGAAGAUGAGUAAAAGCUCCACCAUGAAGAACCCCAGAAGGGUGUCCUACGAUGCUAAUGUGCUGAAGACGUUUUGGGAGAAAAAAAUCGAGCUUCACACGAAACAACUGCAGGAUGAGGACCAGAGGGUCCGCAGGAGUGCCCUGGACAGGCUCCGCGGUGAGUGGGCUCGGAAGCUGGAAAGAAGGAACCAGAUGCUGCAGAGCAGCCAGGAGGCAGCCCCGUGGCCCCCCCUGCCCGGCACCCCCGGCCGCCACACCCAGGACCAGCUGGCAGCCUGAGGCCAGGACCUGCCUCCUCUGAUGGCCCCGCAGGGGUCCUCCCAGCAGCCGGACCCCUUCACGGCUUUGUGUCUCUAGCGUGAUGCAAA